AUGCGGCAUGAGCAAGAUGUAGAAAAGCCCAGAGACUACUGGGCUUAUAAGCAAGAUAGAGUGGACGGCAGACAAGGCGGAGGAGUACUCCUGCUGGUCAAAGCCGCUUACACUCAAUGGGACUCACCAGUAAAACUGGUAACACCUAAUAUUCAAGCCAAGGCAUGUAUUAUCCUCUUGGGAAGACGACCGUUAGGAGCGCUACUAGUCCAUCGCGCACCCCAGGCGGAACCCGCGGAAGAUAUGGAACUACUUGCUACAAUGCAGGAAAUCAUAUCGAGGACCCAGGAGAUCUUAAUUCUGGGAGGUUUCAAUCUUCCGGAGAUCUGUUGGGUCGAAGGAGAGGCUCCCGUUGGGACAAAGGGAGGAAGCUUUCUAACAUGGUUACAUGAGCAUGUGCUCAUUCAGCAUAUCUUGCAGGCCACAAGGGUUCGCAACCAACAGAGGGCCUCCGUCCUGGACUUAGUUAGAACGCGGUAUUUGUCGGACAUAACUGAGGAAGCAGUGGAGAAUCCACUGGGUAAGAGUGACCAUGGGGUACUGAGGUUAGUAUUACUCAUGAAACACAGCAAACUGGCUGCUCCAUUUAAACGGUGCUAUAGUCGUAUAAACGUUGCUGCCUUACAAGAGGCCGCAGAACACGUAGACUGGGAGCCACUAUCUCCCNCUAUCUCCCGAGCCAACGUUGGAAGGGCGAUGGUCUGUCAUUAA